AGUACUUGGCAUAGUUGCUCAUUGCAGUGGCAGCCAUUUUGAAUCCUUCAUUAUGUGCUCAUCAUUUACUUUAAUACUGACUUUUACUCAAAUUGUUAAGGACUUAGCCAGGUAAGCAUCUCAUAAUUUGUGAAUGCCGUUUCUAUGUGAUAGUUAAAAUCUAAUAAACUGACAUCAUUUUGGACACAAAGCACGAUUUAGCUGUGAGCUAUAUCUGAGGAAAGAAAACGAUUGAGUAAAUCUAGAGAGGAAAACCCUGCCAUUAUUCAUCACACACCAUGUGCUAGGCAGUGUAAUCCUUUCUUAAUCCCGAUGCACAACUGUAUCGCCAGUCAGACAGACCUAGAGCUGUUGUUCGCUUUAAAUCCCCCAUCCUCUCAGAAGUCCUCGCUGUAUUGUCCCAUUGUGUCAUGUGUAAGUCUAUCCGGACGGUUUGAAUUGACUCGUGUGUGUUAGACCUUGGUCUAUAUUUACUACCAUGAGGUGGAGGCUGCUUUGUUCAGACUGCAUUCUGCCAGUUAAGGACGCUGUCUGUCCAGGGGGUCACCCUCUUUCUGUCUUUCUCAGACACACACACACACACACACACACACACACACACUUACUCAAGGUGGAACAGGGACAGAGACAAGUGAGAUUUGAAAAAAAUAAAAAAAGUGAAACCCACGAGGAGAAAGAGAAGGACACAUUGUGGAUCUAAUAGUCCUGCAGAUUUGCUCCUGACAAGCAUUUAACAUGGCGGCUAAAAUGGUGACGUACCGGUGCCAGGAGGAGGAGACGGGGCAGAUGUCUCACAGCAUGGAGUUAUCCUCACAGAUCAAGAAGAAGAAAUUUAAAUCCAGUGAUGAAGAGGCCUCCCUGUCUGAGUUCUAUCCCAUCAUCCCAGGCGACAUCAUGUCUGUCAAAGAGAUUCUGACGGAGCCAAAGUUCCCACGCCACAGGACAUGGGAGGUCCUGAGGGAAACUAUGGAUAACGAUGAGCUCCGGGAGAGGGACCAGUGGACCAUGUUCGGUAAUGAGGCAGAAAAGGUGGAGAUUGAGGUGAUCAGGAACCAGCACAUGGUCCGUCGGCGUAUGGACCGCAUGGCGCUGCGUAAAGAGGCAGAAAGGAAGAUUUCCACACACCUGAAGUUUCUGGACGAUUUGAGUAUGAAGACUCCGGAUUUUUCCAUCCCUCUUCGUCCCCAUACCCUCUGGGAGGGAAUGGCUGUCAAACUUUCCUGCACUGUCGAGGGUUGUCCAUUACCACACGUCACCUGGUAUAAAGACGGCGUUCCUCUGACAGCGUCCUCACAACCCUGGAACUACAAACUGCUACAGAAAUAUGGCCUCAACACUCUGGAGAUUAGAAGGUGUAGUGUUGCUGACACUGGAGAAUACAAAGUAGUGGCCAAAAGCUCCUUAGGCGAGGCGACUACCUAUGCCACCGUUGUAGUGAACUCGAAGCGAAGACUUGAGGCGGGAAUGAAACACACCCAGGCUGUGGGCCCUGUAACAGAGGAGGAGGCUUUGUUCGACACCACCUUCCCUCCAUCUUUUAUACUAGAAGGAGGCACUCUGACUCUGAGCUGUCAUUUUACGUUUCCUCUCCUCCCCUUCCAGCAGGACGUGGCCUGGUUCAGAGACGGAGUUCCUCUCCGUACAUCUGGUCGGCUGGGCAUCCACACGGCCCUGCGCUCCUCCACCCUCAGCCUGAAGGGCAUGCACAAAGAGCACGAGGGCCUUUACACCGUCCGCCUGCGCACCCGAGACGGCAUCACCGAGCACAGCGCCUACGUUUAUGUCAAAGAUGGUCCUGCGGCAGUGCGCGGAGCUCCAGGUUCUCCACUCCACCUCGAGUGCUCUGAUGUGAACAGAGACUAUGUGUUUCUCUCGUGGGAACCUCCAAGUGCAGAGGGAGUGAGUCCAGUGCAGGGCUACUUCAUUGAGAGGUGUGAGAUGGGCACGGGGAAGUGGGAGCGCUGUAACGAGCUUGUUCAGAUGCUGUGUCAUUACCCAGUCAUGGGUUUAAAGGAAAACACCAUGUUCCAGUUCAGAGUGUGUGCAGUAAACCAGGCUGGCGUGGGACGUCCGUCUAAACUCUCCAACCCCAUCGUCACCUCUGACCCCAUGGAGCCAAGCAGGACUAUGGUGGUCAAGGUGGAUAGAGGCAGAGAGAUUGUGAUCACCAAGGACCAGCUGGAAAGUCAGAUCCGAGUCCCUUUUCCCCCAACUGAUGUGCGAGUGUGUGAGUUAAGUGACACUUAUGUUGUGAUGUGCUGGACUGAGCCGGAUCCACGGGGCAAAGAGCCGCUCACCUACUUUGUGGAGCAGUCCAUAGCCGGUAAGGAGAGCUGGCACUUAGCCAGCCUGGACAUGACGAUCAACGCUACAAGGUUUGCUGCGUUCGACUUGCAGAAAGGGAUGGCCUACUGCUUCCGUGUGCGCUCUGUGAACAAAUAUGGCAUUAGUGAUCCAUCAGAGCCCAGCCAACCUGUCUCACUCGGAGAAGCUCUCGGUGUCCCUGCUGCACCCCACUGUGUUCAGGCCAUUAAGGACACAGAAAGGUCAAUCCUUCUAAUGUGGAAAGAGCCAAAGAACACAGAGGGGAUUUUGGGAUAUUACUUGUACUGCAAUGAGCUGGGGAGCUCAGAGUGGAAAACCAUUAACAACAAACCACUCUCAAGCACCAGGUUCUCGGUGCAUGGCCUCAGGAACAACAAGCAGUACGUGUUCAGAGUGAAAUCAGUGGGUCGGGCGGGAAACAGCCACUACUCAGAAGAGUCUGAGCCGAUCCUGGUCCAGCCAGCUAAAUUGGCUCCAUCGGCCCCAUCCGCCAUUUCACUUCUUAAUUGUACGGGCACUGAAAUGGUGAUUGGCUGGCGAGCGCCUGUCAAUAAUGGUGGAGAUCCGGUGCAUGGGUACUACCUGGAUCAGCGGGAAAAAUCUCAGAGCACGUGGAGCGAGGUCAACGUUAAACCUGUCAAAGAGAGAGUGUACACAGUUCCUGGUCUUCUUGAGGGGCGUUAUUACCAGUUCCGUGUAAUCGCAGCCAACAUGGUCGGAGUCGGCAAACCGUCUGGACCUAGUGAGGCUUUUCUGUGCGAGAGGUGGACGAUGCCUGAACCUGGCUGCCCGUAUGACUUGGAGUUGAGAGAGGUGCGGCAGGAAUCUCUGGUUUUGCUGUGGGCGGAGCCUCUGUACCAAGGUCAGUCACAAAUCACAGGUUAUGUUGUGGAGAUCAGUGAGGGGGCGGAGUCAGAGGACUGGACUUCAGUGACCCAGGAACCAAUCAUAGACACGUACCUAAAGGUUUCUGGGCUGCAUGCGGGUCAGACAUAUCGUCUCCGUGUGCGUGCCAUCAACAGUGCUGGAGUGGGAAGACCUUCUUUUCCCACAGAUCCCAUCACAGCCCAGACUGACCCAGCAACCAGAGAAAUCGAGAUUGGGGUUGAUAAUGAUGGCUUCAUCUUCUUGAGCUUUGAAGCACCUGAGACCCUUGACCAAAUCCAGUUUGAGUGGAAGAAGAACUACAGACAGGCCAUCGAUGCAGGGCGAGCCCACUUGGAGACCAAGCAAAAUAAAUCUGUUCUCACGUUCAGUGCAGCUGAACUGGAGGAUCUGGGCCUUUACACUGCUGAAGUGAUUGACAAGCCUGACAUCUCCUCUAGCUUUAAUUUCACUGCUGAAGAUCUGGAGAGACUCAUGGAGUUGAGCUGGCACAUCAGGAACCCGCUUAUAGCGCUGCGCUCUGAGGGCUGGCAGGUGGACGUGUCAGAGCAGGGGAAUGUGAGACUGUGGCUGCAGACUGAGCCCCUGUCCAACGCCGCAGAGCUGCACAUGAUCCUCAACGACCGAGAGAUCUCCUCCACGCCGGCGCGUAAGAUCAACUUUGACAAGGCGAACGGUCUGGUGGAGAUUCUGUUCGAUAAGCUGUCGAAGGAAGACGAGGGCUCGUACACGGCUCAGCUCAAGGACGGCAGAGCCAAGAACCAGUUCACCCUCGUCCUAGUGGAUGAAAAGUUCAGGCAAACCCUGGCCAAGUCAGCAGCCAAGCGGCGGGACUGGAAGAGACGCUCAGGGCCCUACUUUGAGGAGUUUUUGUCAUGGACUGUGACAGACGACUGUGAGCUGAUUAUGAAAUGCAAGGUGACGAACAUGAACAAGGACACGAAGAUGAAGUGGUUUAAGGAUGGUGUAGAGAUCACGCAGGUUGUGAACGAGCCGUCUGGAGUGGGCAUGUUUACCGUUCCGCAGGUGACUAAGAAGGAAGCCGGCAUGUACAGGGCCGUGGUGGCUGAUGGUAGAGGAGAGGAUGAGAGCAUUCUAGAGUUAACGGACAAUGAGUUCGAGCGGUUGAUGCGGUGCCUGAGCAGAAAUUGUGCUCUCUCUGCUGGCCCCAUGAGGAUCCAGUCCACAGCGGCCGGCUUUAAGCUCUACUGCUCUCUGAAGUACUAUCUGAGCUACAUGAAGACCAGCUGGCACUUCAAAGAGAGGAGGAUCGAUCUGGACGAGAGGACCAAGCCUGGAAGCAGCAUGCAGAAGCUCUGGAUCGAGAUCUUCAACCCCACUGAAAACGACAAAGGAAAAUACACCCUGGAGAUGUUUGAUGGGCAGGAAACACACAAACGCUCUCUGGAUUUGUCUGGACAAGUUUUUGCGGAUGCUCUGCUGGAAUACCAGAGGCUGAAGCAGGUGGAAAUCGCGGAGAAAAAUCGUGCGAGAGUCACAAAGGGAUUACCGGAUGUGGUGGCCAUCAUGGAAGACAAGUCUCUGUGUCUGACCUGUUUCGCUGAGGGUGACCCCAUGCCGGAGAUGUUCUGGCUGAAGAACGACAGAGAGAUUGUCUCUCUAGGGCGCUUUAGUGUGGCCACAGACAAGGGGUGCACGACUCUCACCAUCUACUCGGUCUGUAUGGAGGAUUCCGGCAACUACAGCGUGUUUGUACGUAACACGUACGGCUCGCAGACGGUAAACGUGACCGUGAGUGUGUAUAAACACGGUGAGAAGCCGCGGGCCGAUGCACUGGAGAUGUAAAGAGGGAGAGAGGCGUGAGUGAAUUAAAGGAUGCCAUGCUGUAGAAGUAUUAGCAAACAUUUACAGUUUCAUUCAGGAAUCCAAAUUUGGGGUGGAAGGGUAUGAUGUGCUUACAGUUUGAUGAUAAAAUAUGACAGGAUCCAUCACUGAUUAUAGCUGCUAUAAGGUAAGCGCUAUCAGGAAUGAACUUGUUCUGCAGACGUUCCACAACUUUAAAUGUAACUAAUUGGCAAGUUGAUGUUGUAUAAGAGGAAUAAAACACUGAGAUGUGCUUUUAUUGGAAAAUAAUCCAUAUAAUAUAAAUAAAUAAUCCAAUAACACCAUGCUGUGUAUUGGGCCUCAUCACAACACCCUGUCGUUGAUUAUUUUCCUACAACAGCAUAUCUCAAAAUGUUUAAUUCCUCACAUACAGUAUUUAAUAGGUAACAGUAUAACUACUUGAGAAUUUCUUAUCACAGUGUAGCAAAAUAUCAUCCAAACAUCCAAAAAUUUAUCAAAUUAGUACCAUUACAUCUUUAAAUAUUUCCAUUUUCCCUUUAUUCAAACUGUUUUAAAGCACCCAUGAUUUUUCUAAAGUGCAAAGCCACCUCUUAUUUCUAAACAAGUACAAGAAAUAUGUCUCUCACAUGAAAACCAUGAGGUGUUGGGUCACACCUGAUUAAAGGUGAAAACAUCUGGCCUUUAUUAAAUAAAGAAUUUAUUUACUGAAAUUAUUUCUCCAAACGUAUCUUGGACUUUUAUUUUUUUUCCAGAACCUGUGGUUAAUAUUCAAACAUGUGGAACAUUAUACAAUGGCACAAUGCACUGUUACGCCAAACUGAAGCCAUUUUUGUCAAACAUUAAAAAGUUUGUAGCUGAAUUCCCUUGUAUUUUUUAAGUCUGGGUUAACCCUGUGUUCAUUUACUGACCCUGUUGAUUUAGUAUUAACCUAUUAUGGAAUUUUCAUAUAUUAAAGUCCUGAGGGUACUUUACUAUAAUGCACAGUUUAAGGUUGAUGGCUUUUGAACGUGUUUGAGGAGUUUGUUUUUGUGUUUCUGUCAGGUAUAAAUUAAAACCUGAAUUCAAUUGGCCUGUCGUAUUUUUUGUCUCGCCAUUUAUUAAUAAGACUGGCAAUUUGAGACCUCGGUAUUCUGUCUGUCUUUUUGCACACAAAUAUGCUGAAUGUACAGUAUGUGAGAGGUUUUACUACAAAAUAUGGCUUAUAAAAAUGUUGCAUCUCCAUUGAUCUUAUUAAUGGAACGUUUAUGGCUCAAAAUCAUUUUAAUCAGAUUAAACCUUAUUAUUCUAAGCA